AUGGCGGCUACCGAAAAGUCCGGUAUCAGCCUUAUGGGCCAAUACAAUAUCGUUCUACCGAAAAGGCAGGCGUAUGACUCUUCCGGCAAACCUAUACCUGCAUGCGACCCCGAUCAAUGUGCUGCGGCAAUAAAGGGGGAGGAUCUCCCCGUCGAUCUAAGCUCGUUUUGGCACCAGAGAGCAGUUAUCCGUGGGAUUCGUGAUUCACUUCAAUUUGCAACAAGCCCGGCAAUUCUUGAGCUAUGCUCCGGCGACGAUGGCCAGGCCCAUCAAUUUUCCCGCGCCCGCAAUGCUCGCCUGAUAAUGAGUGACAUAAUCCCCAAUAUGCAAAAUCUUGCCUCUCAGCCAUACUGUAUCUGGUAUCCUGACCUUGCAUCAGAAGAAGUAUAUCGCGAAGUUGCCCGUCGGUAUCCGUCUAUGCGGUAUCAAGUGGGCCGAGCGUGUGCUGCAGCAGGCUAUACAGAUCUCUACAAAGAAUUGGACCUUUUGCCUGACGUUUCUAUCGCGGAAGAAUCCCGCGAAGUUGACAAAGACGCUGAAAUCUACAAGAUUAUCAUGUCCGCCCCCCAACGACAUGCUAUCAUGGAAGAUUUCUCUCGAUCCGUUCAUCUUGAAACCCCACGAACGCCUGUGUUUCUGAAUGGCGAUAUGAAGCCCCGAUGGACUUUAGGACAGCGAGUUCUCCCCGGUAAAAAUUUACCCGAGACGACUGCUGAUGAUAUUGACAUCGAGGAAGAUGGAUUUAUCGGCUUUGAAGAUGUCAGCUUGAAGGAUAUCAGCGGAAUGGAGGACUACGCUGAACUGGGCCCAGGCCAGUCCGAUCAACUGUGGAUGCCUCUUCCGCCUGAUCUCCCAAAUCUUGAGAAGCGCCUUCAGACACAGAUGGCCGCGUGGGAGGGCAAUGUGGAUCGAUACAGUCGACUAAUGCACCCACGUAGGCUGAGAACCAAACUUGAAUACAAUUGUAUUCUUCGUGGCAUUUAUCACAGUACAACCUUCGCCAGAUGGUGGGCCUAUCAGCUGGAAACAAACCCUGGACGAGCUAUCCUCCCAGGUAAAUUGCUCAGCCAAGGCAAUGAACGGGAGUGCAGAGAGAUUCGCACUGCAAUUAAUGCCCGCAUGAUAAUGAACAAUGAUAUCUCUGGUAUCGACGAUGACUCGGACUGCCUCCCGUGGGUCAUAUGGGGGCCCGUGAAGCCCUCUGCGAACACUUUAGCUGAUCUGGUUCGAAAGUGUCCGUCCAUGGGACAUCAAGUUGCGAUCACUUGUAUAAUAUCCUUGUAUGUGGCUGCCAGGCGAAGUGAAAAUCCAUUCUACCUACAAUACCUUGAGGAAAUCAUGAAGGAGCGCGACAUAAUUCCCCCGGACUUUCACUACUUCAAAGACUUUGAUCACACUGCACCAGGCUUACAGACUGAUCUGGAGCCUAGAGAUGAUCUCACUGGUCCCACUGUCAGCUACCAUGACAUGGAGAUCGGGUAUGGGCAAUAUCCCUGUGGAAAUGAACACGAAGAAACUCGAGGUACAUAUGGAGGCGGGCUAGCAAAUCCGGGAAUGGUGGAGAGAUAUAUGUGGCUCUCAACUGAAACUGCACAAAAGUUGAAAGAUGAACUUGACGCGCCCUACCCAGGUGCGGAUAUUGGUCUUUUGUAUGAUGAUGGAGAACUUCGAUCCAAGCUUUCACGCCGUAUACAGCCCAUGGAUCGGUAG